AUGGAUCAAGAAUCAUCUCAAUGUCCCUUUGUUGCUGAAAGCAUCAUUCAAAAAUGCCCUUUCCUUAGAAACAUCAACAAGCCUACCAAUUUCUCCCUCUCCUCCUUGAGUUUCCCAGUUCCUGUGCAAGCUGGUAGUAAUGGUCCCAUUUUUGAAGAUGGUCCUGGAUUUGAUUCAGCAUUCAAGCUCUUCCAUGGGAAAGAUGGUAUUGUGCCGCUUUCUGGACAUUCGAGUUUCAGAAAUGAUUUUGAAGACGAGACUCCUCGCGCUACUCCUCAAUUCAAUCCUCUUGCUGGGAAAGUAGCUACCAUAAGCCUAUCAGCUUUUGGUCCUGGAGGGCCUUUUGGGUUUGGUCCUUUUUCUGAGAAAUGGAAGAAACAACAGAAGAAACCGAAACCGUCGAAACAACAACAGUCUGGGGACUCAUCGAAACACGAGGCAGUUGGAGAUGAAUGGUUAAAGACCGGGAAUUGUCCAAUCGCCAAAUCUUUCAGAGCUGCAAGCAAAGUCAUGCCUCUUGUGGCUAAAGCAUUACAGUUACCAUCUGGUGUGAAAUAUAGAUGUCCAGCUCCUAUAGUAGCUGCAAGAGCUGCACUUUCGAAGACCGCUUUGGUGAAAAGCCUUCGCCCUCAGCCUUUACCUGAAAAGAUGCUGGCAAUCGCUCUCAUGGGGAUGGCUGCAAACGUGCCUCUCGGUGUAUGGAGAGAACACACCAAAAAGUUUUCGCCUUCUUGGUUUGUGGCGGUCCAUGCUGCUGUGCCUUUUAUAGCUAUGCUCAGGAAGUCUGUGCUGAUGCCCAAGACAGCAAUGGCUUUGACCAUUGGAGCUUCGAUUUUGGGACAGGUGAUUGGGUCGAGAGCUGAACGUUACCGUCUCAAAGCAAUAGCUGAGAAAACGGUUGCUGAAACAUCAACUGUUAUCGCGGGUUCUGGAUACAACCAGGUCUCUGAUGAUUCUGGCUUUUCUGGGGGACUUUGUGGUACAGGAGAAGGAGUGAAGGAGGUUUAUUACAAUGCAAAUGUUGGAGAAUCUGCUAAAUCAACUGGACUCUGUUAUUGA